AUGGCUGCGUCUUCAUCUGCAUCUAUGCCUGGUCUUGGAGAAGUGGAGUUCGAGAAUCAGCAGACUCCUCUACUUCAGCAUUCAUCAGGAGAAGGAGCUAAUCCUGAUGCGGUGGUUGUUGCACUCUCUCCAGAAUAUCUUACUGCGAAAAAUCGUUUUAUAUGUGAGCUGUGCGACAAGGGUUUCCCCAGGGAACAGAACUUGCAGCUGCACAGGAGAGGGCACAAUCUGCCCUGGAAGCUCAAGAAAAGGACAGAUCAGGAGGUGCAGAAGAAGGUUUACGUCUGCCCCAAAAUCGCUUGUGCCCACCAUGAUCCAGCAAGGGCUCUUGGAGAUCUGACUGGAAUCAAGAAGCAUUUUGCUCGCAAACAUGGUGAGAAGAAAUUCGGUUGUACCAGGUGUCACAAGAGGUAUGCUGUGCUGUACCUGAAAGCUCAUAGCAAGAUCUGUGGAACAAAAGAGUACAAAUGCGAGUGUGGUACUACCUUCUUCUAUGUGUAA